AUGCGACGGGCUUUACACAAACAGACCGCUUGGGAAGGAUUCGCCGCCCUUCCCUCUCUUCAAACUCCCCGAAUUCCUCCUUCUCUUCAAAACAUCGAUUUCUACGUCUCUCCAAUGGACGACUGGAAGUGCUGUCAGGAGAAGAAGAAGAAGAAGAAGAAGAGAAAAACAGCUGUCCUUGGUCAUCAAAGC